AUGAGUAGUGGAUGUCGCAAUCAUCUCCGACCCGUACCGUGUCCCAUCCGGCAACGAGAAUUGGGUCACGGACGCGUUGGGGAUGGCAGCGAGGAGUUUGUGAUCGCCAGGGUCAAUGGAGUAUAUCUGAAUAGCUGUUAUGCUCCGCCCAGGAGGUCCAUCGAGCAGUCCUCGCAGAUGGUGGACAGACUCACAGCGGUACUUGGCGGCCUAAGACCGGUGGUCAUUGCGGGCGACUUAAACGCAUGGGCGGUGGAGUGGGCCAGCCACCACAUCAACCAGAGAGGACGCAUCCUACUGGAGGCAAUGGCCAAACUGGACGUUGUACUAGCCAACACCGGUUCGGUCAGUACCUACAGAAGGAACGGUGCAGAAUCCGUCAUUGAUGUGACGUACUGCAGUCCGUGUUUGGAGGGAAAUCUACACUGGAGGGUCGAUGAGGGUUACAUCGACAGCGACCAUCAGGCGAUUCGCUACAGUGUGGGGCAAGACGUCUUGAGCGAAGCACUGAGGUGGGAGCGAAUAACCCCGGAUCUGACGGGGGAAGAACUGGUAGCAUCGCUGACAAGGGCGUGCGAUACAACCAUGCCUAGGAGAGCCUAUCCCAGGCAUGACCAUAUACCGGUGUACUGGUGGAGCGAGUCGAUUGAUAUCCUCAGGGCGUCUUGUCUCCAGGCAAGAAGGAGGAUGCAACGGGCUCGUACGGCCAAAACUCGCGAGGAACGCCGAGCGGCUAAGGCGGCCCUCAACAAAGAGAUCGCCAGACGCAAGCGCGCGUGCUACGACAGCUUAUGCCAAAGCGCUAACAUGAACGCCUGGGGGGAUGCCUACAAAGUGGUCAUGGCCAAGACCAGUGGCGUGGCGGCACCUCCGGAGAGAUCUCCGGCGAUGCUGGCGUCGAUCGUUGAGUUCUUGUUUCCACGUAGGGACGUUGACUCCUGGCCGCGGGGUAUCUCAGUCGCGGAACAAAAAGAAGUGUCUAGAGUGACAAACAGUGAACUGAUUGGCAUUGCCAAGUCGCUGGUGGUGGACAAGGCCCCAGGCCAGGAUGGGAUCCCGGUUGUGGCUCUGAGGGCGGCCGUUGCAGAAAAUUCAGACAUGUUCAGGUCUGUAUUUCAGACCUGUCUGGGAAGGCAUCUUCCCAGAUGCGUGGAAGCGGCAGAGGCUGGUGCUUCUCCCGAAGCCAAGGAAACCCCCUGGGGACCCGUCAGCAUACAGGCCCAUCUGUUUGCUGGACACAACUGGCAAACUGCUUGA